AUGCGUGUUUACAAGGGCAAAUUGGAUACGAACACCCACUACCCAACCGAGAAUGAGGUGAUCAUACUCGCAACCAAUGGAGGUUUCCGCCAAGGGUCAACCGCUGUUAUAUCUGGGCAAUUCACCAAGGCUGCGAACGGCACCCCCAAGUCAAACUUCUCAAUCGCCGGCACUAUCACCAAGUUAGCUAAUGAUAAGAUUGAGCUAUUCGUGGGUGAAGACCAGUAUUACUGGUUCGUGGGAACUGUAUCGGGGGAUAAAAUCACCCUGACCAUGAAGAGCCCGGAACUUGACGAUUACGGAAAAGCCGAGCUGUCUCUUUUUUAUUCGGAGACCUGA